GGAACAGUUGGUAUGGCUCUCCUCAGUUGUGUCACAUGUCAUCGUGCGUUCUUCAAUUCGACCACCUUAAGGAACCAUAUUAAACGUGCUCACAGCACCAAGGAACGACCUCGUUUCCCAUGUUCGUUUCCCGGCUGUGAGAAAACCUUCCUAAACAAGAUCUACAUUUCACAACAUGUAAAAACUGAACACGCCCAGACUCCGAUCCUAUUUGCUUGCACCCUUUGUGGCAGAGAAUUUAAACUUAAGAACCAUCUUAACAAUCACUUUUCCACCCAUACGAAGGAGAAGUCGUUUAAGUGUGCCACUUGUGGGAGGAGCUUCGCCCUUAAGAUGAACCUGAAAAAUCACGAGGUGACGCAUUUGGAAAAAUCUUCCAGGGAAAUGUUGAAGUGUGACAUCUGUGCUCAGACCAUUUUAGGGAGAGCUAGCCUUCAGCGCCACAUUCGACAUGUUCACGAAAAGAAGUGGAAUUAUCCGUGCUCGUAUUGCGAAAAGAAGUGGAUAAGUAACAAAGAUUUAAAGCGACACGUGGAGUCGAUGCACCCAGCGGACAAGGAGAAGAUUCAUCCCUGCGACAAGUGCGAGUACAACAGAGUCACUCAAAAUUCACCUUAACUCGACAUGUGGCGCAUAACCAUACUGCGAAGAGGCACGAGUGCUACUUUUGGAAGAAGCGGUUUGCCAGGUUCGAAGAAUUGGCCGGACACUGCAGUCAGGUUC